AUGUCGCUCCACCAAUCCUCCAAGGAUAGCUCGGCUGACGAAACUACUGCUAUGACUGGCGCAGGGUCUAGAGAAGUACCAAACUAUGCGAGUACGUCGACAACAGAGAGCAUGAGCAGGAAAAGGGAUAAACACUCUGGUCGAGAUACACCGGAGCCGGAGAAGAGGGGUUGGUUCUGGAGGUUGAGAGCUGUUGAGUUGGAAAAUGAGGGCUCUACCGCGAGGGAUCAUCUAGCUCUGGAACGGACCUUCCUGGCGUGGUUAAGGACAUCCCUUGCGUUUGCGUCAAUAGGCGUAGGGAUAUCACAACUAUUUCGCCUCAAUGCUGCUGUACAGUCCUCCGAUCUUUCUGAGGGCAUAAUAACACUUCGCCACCUGGGCAAGCCUCUUGGCAUAACCUUUCUUGCAACAGCAAUAGCCGUGCUCUUGAUCGGUGUCCAUAGAUACUUUGAAUCGCAGGGUUGGCUGUUGAGGGGGAAGUUUCCGGCGAGCAGGGGAAGUGUGUACUUCUUGACUGGGAUUGUGGCUUUGCUCAUAACCGUAACUCUGGUUGUCGUAUUGAUAGUUCAACCUUCAAACGCUGAAAAGUAG